UGUCUCAUUGGAGUGAUUUUCGUAUACUUCCUGUCCCAUAGCCAAAAUAAAAAGUGAGAGGAAAUCCCUCCAAAGUUAGGGAAUCCCUGGUUGUUACCAGAACCAGUGCCCCCAUUGGAAGAUUUCCCUCUACUCCUGUUCCAGUGAGAACCCAAAAUUUGGGAUUUUUCUUUUGCUUUCCAACUGCAGGGGCGGACUGACAACUCAUGGGGCCCCCUGGCAAUAGGGAUUCAUGGGGCCCCUGUGUCCUUGCCCAAACUCAAAAAAGCCUAUGAAAAAGGUACCGGGGCAUCUCAUGGGGCCCCCUACUGACCCCAGGCCCUCGGGCAGUGCCCGAGUUUCCAAAUGGUCAGUCCGCCCCUGCUCACCAGUGAAGGGCUUCUCCCUGUCACCAACAAAAAUC